CCGUUGCUGUGUGUGUGUGUGUGUGUGUGUGUGUCAGCUGUUGAGGUCAGAUUGUGUGAGGAGGCGGGAUGAGGCUCAGUGUGUGUGUGAUCGCAGCCUGAUUAACACACACGGUCCUCAGCCUCCUCUUGAACACACACACACACUCCGUGACUUUUCGGCUCUCCAUCAUGGACCUGGACCCCGCCGUCAUCAUCCCCGCCAUCCUCUUCACCGUCGUUGCCAUUUAUUUCGCUACGUCGCUCCUCAGCAGGAAGCCCGACGCCUCCUCCUCGUCUGCCGGGAGCAAGAAGUCCAAACUCGGGUACAGAGACGACCUUCCUCCGCAAGGAGCUCUGGAAGAAGAGCCCGAAGCCUCCCUGCGACCAGAGCCCCCAGCUCCGGCUGUGGAGGACAUAGGAGCCGCCGAGAAGAUCCAGGCUGUCCCAGAACCACAACAUGUCCCUGAACCAGUGAAGAUACCAGAAGCUGAGCCAGAAGCAGCAGAAGAUCCAGAGGACAGAGAAGCAGUCACAGCACCAGAACCUGUGGCACAACCAAAAAAAGUGCCAGAGACAAGAACAGAACGACCACCGGCCCCAGAAGCAGUCCCUGAACCAACAAAAGAGCCAAAGUCUGUUCCAGAACCAGUCACAGUAUCAGAACUUGUCUCUGAAGCUGUGUCAGGCCCAGAACCUGUUCUUGAACCAGAUGAAGCACAAGAAGCAGCACCAGUGUCUGAACCCAUACCAGGCUUGGUAUCAGGCCCAGAACAAGCUGCAGAACCUACCCCAGAGUCCAAACCUGUAGCAGAGCCCUUAUCAGAACCAGCCAGGUCCCCUGAACUCGUAUCUGAACCCAAAACUGUCCCAGAACCUGUUACUGAUCCAGAGCCUGUGCUCGUGUCUGAAGUGGCAGCCCAGAAGCCCGCGACUGAACCUGAAGAACUGCUUGAGCAGAUGCCCGGACCCAAUGAAGGUCUGACAGAACCAUCGCGUGAGCGGGAACCCGAACCAGAGACCGUCCUGGAUGACGAUGUGGCUGCAGCUGCUGAUGUGCUGAACUUCACCCCGGGAAUGAAACAGAGUAAGGUGGCAGUGCUGAUGACCCAGGAGGACAUGGAGGAGGAGCAGAGGAAGUUCAGCCCCGCCCCUUUAACCUCCCAGCAUGCACCAGUGUACCGACUGAGUGUGACCCAGUGUGGACAAAAGGCAGCCGAUGUGGGUCACAUGUUCUCCGAGGGGAUAAGACGUCCAUACAGGAAACACAAAGGAGACGCUCUGCACCUCCAGCUGCAGCAGGAGCGCGCUCAGUGUUGAAAGGGCAGAUUCAUGAGUUUUUAAUCUAAAAGAAAAGAGUGCCGGGGUCACGUGACCACGCUGGGACUGACGUGAGUUUCCCGGGCUCCAGGGUUGGACGAACUCUGGGAGCAUUUUCACAGAAGUGUGAUGGGAACUCUUUGAGUCAUGUGAAGAAUCCAGAUUUUAAGAUCAGGCUUCAUGCUGCAGUCACAGCGUGGACACGUCCUCAGACUCCCCUUCAUGUGGUUCGGCCCUGAUGUGCGCUGCCUUCUUUACCUCAGACAGGUGAGAUGCUCCUCUUCAGUCCAGCCGCUCACCUCAGACAGUCGGCUUUCAUUAGCUCUGUUACCUCUGCAGAUUAAUCCCGUACUUCAGGGCUACUGCCUGUUUAUGGAGGCAGAGGUGUGUUCACCCUGCGACUCGUUACAAUCAUUUGAUUUGGUUUUUAUUCCUGGGACUGUUUUGUAUUUCCUACCAACCCGUCUCUUUGUCCUGGAAGUAUCCGGUUGUCCUUGAUUCAGUCUCCAGCUUUCACACACACAUUUUCCUGACCUGCAUGAACUACUGGAACACUUUGUUGCAGAGGUCACAGUAACUUGAUUUUACUGUUCGUCUCCCUCACAGAUGAGCGGAGCUGCAAACUUUGAGUUCAUCUCAUGAAGCGCUCAAACAAAAAGGCCUGAGAGCAGACGCCCGUCACAGCUGCUGCCUCGUCCGGAGCAGUUUAAUUUCUGGGUGUGGACUUUGAUAUCACUGCUGCUGUGAUUCUAGCAGCGGGCUGCCAGACUUCAUAUCAGCCUCCUGCAGAAACUCGACUGUGCAGCAGACGUCAGCGCAGGGUUACAAUGAUUCGGACGGGAUCGUGGAGGCGCUUAAAGACAUAAAAACAGAGGCUGAAUCAUUUAAGCCAAACAGUUCAGCACAUUAUCCAAAGCACAGGAAACCGUGGCCCAUAAUUAGUGGUUGCUGUUAUGGAGAAAACGAGCAGCGAGGACCUUCGUGUUUGAUGGAGAGUCCUCCGCCUGCGUCUGAGCGGCCGAGCUCAGUUUCUUUUAUGGACUUUUCCAUGAGCCAUGAGCGCCCUCCUCUGGUCAAACACAGCACACAUUUAAAAGAACCAUAAUAAUACAUCUUAUUAAUAUAUCAGCUGUCACACAGUCACAGUCAGCCUGGACCAGGAGACUGAUGGACACCACAAAGUCACCUGUAAACACAAAAGAAGAUCAGAUUGAGAAUAUUAAAAAUAAAACCUGGUUUAAAACUGAAAUGAAGAAUAAAAAUCAUUAAAUACAUGAUGAUUCAUGAUGAUGUGAACUAGAGUGAAUCAGCGGGGAUGGUCGCCUGAUUUAAAUGGCUAAAUUACCUCCUCAACAUGUCCUGAAGUUCUCUCGAGGCCUGGGGUUCCCCACCCCCGUCAUAUGGAGUUCUUUUAUUACACGCCGACUGUGACGAGCAGAGAGCUCGGCGGCGUCAUCGCCAUAUUUGGUAAAAAUUUCUAAACAUUUUAGUGGCACAUGUUCAGGUGCUGUUAAAAUAUAAUAAAGUUUUAUUUUUCCACCUAAAGCAGGGGUGGCCAACCAGUCAGAGACCAACAGCCACUUUUUUUUUACUGUGUUACCGCAAAGAGCCACAUCAUACGCAUGGGCACACAUGAACAUCACCCAUCCUUUCCUCCCCUCUCUCUCUCUCUCUCUCUCUCUCACACACACACACACACACACACACACACACACACACACACACACACACACCUCUGCUCAGCCAGAUUUAUUGUAAAUGUCACACACCAACAUGAUAAUGACAGAAAUGGACUCCUACAGUACUAAAACCACAGGCCAGUCAUUUUCAACAAUGAACGCUGUGUGCACUGUCUCACACACAAACUCUCAGUUCAACCAAGUCCACAAACAAAAAUAUAAUAAUCUACAAUAGCAUUUACUUUUACAAUGCAUGUUGUUUAGUGGGACUUCUGGCAUUCCUUGCCUUGAACAAUCCUCUUCAAAUCUGGCUUGUAUUCCGUUUUUGCCACUCGAAGCAAUUCUUUCACAUGAGUGUCAGUCAGAACAGAUCGAUGCUUUGAUUUCACAUGUUUUAGGGUAGAAAACACAGACUCACAGACGUAUGUUGACCCAAACAUUGACAGUAUCUUGAGCGCAGCCCGUUUGACAUUGGGGUAUUUUUCCAUUGGCACACUUUUCCAGAACUCAAUGGUCCCUUCCCUUAAAGCAGGUUUCAAUUGGUCCUCCUCACAAAGAUCGAUCAUCUCCAACUCAGCCGCAGCUUCAUCUGUGACUAGCGGGACUUUCAAACAGCCGGUCUCUGCAUUAAAUGCGUCGACGAGGAACGUAAUCUGUGGCCUUUUCAAUUGUAGAUCAUGGAACGGGGUCACAAAGCUUUCGUGCAAGUUUUCAAUCAGCGUUGCAUAUCUGGCUCUUUGCUUACUCAGGGCGGCGCUGGCGACUUGCCCGCUGGCUCUUAGCAGAGUGGGAAAAUGCGUUAAAUCUCCCUUUUGAAUAUGUGUCUUGAACAGCUUCAGUUUGUUGACAAACCAAACACACUUUGCACCAGGUCAGGCAGCAUUUUUAACUUACCCUGCAGGGUCAGGUUCAGUCUGUCCAAGUGACACAGCAUGUCGACCAAAAAGGCCAGAUCCAUAAUCCACUUGAGGUCCGAGAGCUCGGGAUAGUCCUUGUCCUUCUCUUCCAUAAACAGUUUCACGGCAUCCAAAAGCUCAAAGAAGCGAGAGAGUACCUGGCCUUUUGACAGCCACCUCACAGUGCAGCGGCAGGUCACCUGGAAGCCCUUGGUCCAGCUCAGCGAUGAGAUUCUUGAAUUGCCUGUGGUUAAGCACACGUGUGCGGAUAUAGUUGAUGAUUUCCAUCACAGGCUUCAUGACGUUAUCUAAAUUCAAUGAUUUAGACACGAGUUGCUCCAUGUGGAUGAUGCAGUGGAAAUUCCAAAAGUCAGGAAUAGUUUGGUCAGCUUUGCACAGCCCCACAAGCCCGUUCACAGAUCCCAUCAUGGCUGGCGCUCCAUCCGUGGCUAUUGCAGUUAAUUUUGUUAUGGGCAGAUUUGCUUUUUCAAAUGCAGCCAUCAUGGUUUCUUUCACAUCUAUCCCACGGGUUCUGUCUUUUAAUGGCACAAUAUCCAGGAGUUCUUCUUGGAUCACACAAUCGUUUGACACAGACGUGCAAAUAUUGCCAACUGAGGCUUGUCUUGUAUAUCACAACUCUCAUCCAAUGCGACACUAAAAUACUCACAUGCUUGAAGGUCAGAGUGCAACUGUGAUUCAAUAGCUGUGUUAAUGUCCAAUAUUCUGUGUUCAACAGUGUGGCGGGACAGUUGGACGUCUGAUACCAUGCGUUUUAGUUUGUCGUUUUCAGGAGACAAGAUUUCAACAACGUCACUGAGGCAUUUUUUAACAAACUCCCCUUCAUUGUAUGGCUUUUUAGCCCGUGCAGUGUUCCAAGCCAGCUGAUAGGAUGCGAGCGUUAUGGUCUCUGACCGCUUCGUAAAUUUUUGGAAAAACUGUAUCUGCUUUUCUGCCUGACUUUUCAAAGUGUCCAACUCGUGCUUGCGAAGUUCAGUCCCUUUUGGAAAUUCCUGGUCGAUGUUAGCAUGGAGUGAGCUGAAGUGGCGCUGAAGAUUUGAAGCUUUGAAAUGCGACAUCUGACAUAUAAGGCAGAAUGGCUUGCCAUUGUGUUCAACAAAAAAAUAUAAACUCUCCCACUCUGUAAAAAAUGUCCUGUGUUCAUCUUCAUAUUUUCUUUUUGCUGUGCCUUUUUUCCCUGCCAUUUUGAGGGCGAACUUACUCCUACUGGGAAACUUUGCGGUAUUUUCAUCUCACACACAUGCGCAUUUGAUGAAAAUACCGUAUUGAACUCAAGCGAAGCGAACGC